AGGCGACGGAUGGCGAAUCUAUUAGCAUAAGGGCGCAUAAAACGGCGCCAUAGCCGGAUCCGGUCGGAUUCCAUCGAGGAUUCGCACUCGUCGACUCAGUUGCAGUGGAGCCGUGGAGCCGCGAUGAACGUGUGGAAAGCAAAGGUCCUAACGGAAGUCCCCUUCGGACACGUCCUCAUCGUCAGUGGGCGCGUCAAGCCUCAUCCGAAUAAAAUUUCGCUGGACCUCACGGACAAUGUGAACGCGCAGAACGAGAGCGAAACGGUGUUCCUGAAGAUCGAGGCCAACUUCCGCGAGGGCCAGAUCAUCCGCAGCAUGUUCCAGCCGGGCGAGGGCUGGCAGCAGGAGGAGAUCUCCAAGAACUGGAAGUGCGACGGCCCGAAGAAUCCGCUGCAGCCGGGCCAGAGCUUCACCUUCCGGGUGGCGGUGCUGCAGCGAUGCUUCGAGAUCUACGUGAACGACCAGCUGUACGGGUCCUUCGAGUUCGUGAAGUUCCCCAAGCAAAUUAACUACGUGCGGACCUACGGGGACUUCGAGAAGAUCACUCAGUUCCACCACCGCAUGCUCUUUCCGCUCGUCUUCCCCCGAACGCUCAUGUGUCCGGACAAGGUGGCCUUCCAGAGCGACGUGCCCAGGCGAUAUGAGACCGGUACUGUGGUGGCCAUGGAGUGCAUCGCCAAGGGCCCACCGACCACAGAGUUCUCCAUCUGCUUCCAGUGCAACGACACCGGGAGGACGGUGCUCCGGUUCCACGUGAACUUCGAUCGGACAACGGUGUCACGCAGCUACCAGCGCGAGGACAACAGCUUUGCCUUGAGCGACGAGGAGACCGAGGGCGAAUUCCCCUUUGUGCGAGGAAAGCUCUUCAAGAUCGCAUUCGGGCUCGGGGAUCGGGCUUUCCUGAUCGCCGUCAACGGGCAGUACUUCACCUACUACAACUUCCCCGGACGCCCGUUCUCCAUAUCCACUUUGAAGUGUUUCACCAACGAAGUGGGCGACUUCGCCGUGAGGAGCAUGGAGUACCACUCCGAUUCCCCGCUGCUGGCCCGCGUGGAGAAGUUGUCCAUCAUUUAGUCGAAAGUGAUUCCUGAAGUCUUCUAUAAUCGAUUCCAAUUCUCGUAGUAUGCUCUUGUUCAAUCGUUGGCUUUGAUCACCGUACAGCACCAGUUAACUUCUUCUUGUGAGCAUCCAAAUAAAGCAAUGCAGCUCUCCAAACUUACAAAGUAA